AUGUCCAUCCGCCAUCGGACGCGUCCACCGCCGCCGCCGCCACGCCGCUCCAGCCAAUCGGCGGCCGCCACGCCACCACCGCCGCCGCUCUCAUCCAACCCGCGGCUGCCACCUGUCCCGCCGCUUCCCCGCACCGCGCCAGGCCCGCGGAGCCCAUCCCGCCACCGCCGCCACCCGCGGGCGCUGCCCCGCCAGAGCCGCCCGUGCCCCGCCGCCUCCGCCUCGCCGGCGUGGCCCCGCCGCCGCGCCACGGCUGCCCCCGCCGCCGUCGUGCCCUCCCCGCCGCCGGGUCGUUACCGGAGCGCGCCGCCCGGUCAGAUCCGCGCCCCGCGCCGCCUUCCCCGCCGUCCGCCGCCGCCGGUGGCCUCCCCUUCUCCACCGCGCCCGUCGCCGCCGGCUCGCCUCCGGCCAGAUCCGGGCCAGCGCUGCCUGGAUCCAGCUGCCCUGCGCUGCCCCGCCGUCGUCACGCCUCGCCGCCGGCCCCGCCCGCUCGCCGGAGUCCGAGCUCGCCUCCGGGACCGCCUCGUCCCGGAUCGGCCUCGUCCACCCCAGUCCUCCAUCCAAACGCUGCCUCCGUCCCGCACCACGCCGUCCCGCUCCGCCCGAUCCCCCGUUGACUUUUCCCGCGAGGUAAUUUUUCGUCCAAGUCCCUGA